CGCAGAGCAUGCCGGGAGGUGUAGUUUGUUUUUGCUGCCUGCACAUGGGGAGGAUCUAGAAGGGAUUCCUGUGUGCCAGUCGGUGGGUGCUGUGUGUUUGGAUCGGGUUUAUUCCUGGUGUAGGAUUGAUUUAAUGAUUUAAUGAUGGGAGUGGGGAUGGAGUGAGGGGUUUGAGGGACCUGCUGUGGUUAGCUGGGCCUUGAUGUGAUUUACAAUGAUAAUAAAUGAAAUAUACCCCCAUCAAUGGCUACAAAGCAGGGGAGCCAAAAAGGAAGGCUGCUAGCUCUUUAAGAAAUAUCACCCCUGGGAGGGUUUUGCUAUAGUUCAUAUUUUGCUUAUUUACAACUUUCUGUAUUAUCUUUGUAAAAUAACAAUACAAUUCUGUUUACAAAAAAAAUGACACUUCUCACUGUAAGAUUGGUUUAAUUUUAUUCUGUGAUGAGAGCGCUGGUGUAUUUUGGAUUUGUGCUGCCCCGUAUUUAAAUGUUCCCCACCCCUUCCUGUCAAGGCUGCACUGUGACAGACAGACACUUUCUUACUGAUGCAUUCACUGAUAUACACUCACUAAAAGAUACAGUCAUUGGCACACAUAGCGUUUAAUCUACACACUUUCACUGACAGACACACACUCUCAUAUACACUGACAAACAAUGACAUACACACUCUGCCAGACACACACUGACAGACAGACGUGCACACACACUCACAUAUAUACUGACAAACGAUGGCAUACACACUCACUGAUUUGACACACUAUUACUCAGACCCACACUGACGGGUGCAUACACUCAUUGACCGACACACACUCAUAUACACUGACAAACUGACACACGCAAACACUCACUGAUUUGACACACUCACCGACGCAUUUCCCCCCAACACUCCCAAAUUAUUAAUUUAUUUGUUUUAUUUUAAUUUAAUUCCACCCAGCCUCCCUGGCAUAGCAGAUGUGGAUUACUUACCUGCAGUCCAGUGGGGCUGCUAGGGGGCUGUAAUCUUCCUGCUUAGCUCUCUCGCGCGCCGCUUAGUGAUGCCGGGAGCUGGAGUGGUGUCAUAUUCCGGCUUAAUUAAAGGAUCACUAUAGUGUCAGGAAAACAUAGCGGGUCCCCCUCCCAUGGUGCUGAAGGGGUUAAAACCCCUUCAGCAGCUUACCUUAAUCCAGCGUCGGGCUCCCUCGGCGCUUGUGACCUCUCCUCCCCUGCCGACGUCAGCUCCCUCUGCCGCGCGCAUUCAAGCUGUCAAUAGGAAAGCAUUUCUCAAUGCUUUUGAUGGAGGCAUAAUAUGCCUCCAGCAUCGCAGAUGCGCCUCUAGUGGCUGUCAGGAAGACCCCAAAUGUAAACAUAGCAUAGAUGUUUGCAUCUGAAGGGUUAAAACCUGAGGGACAUUGCACCCAGAACACUUCAUUGAGCUGAAGUGGUCUGGGUGACUAUAGUGUCCCUUUAAGGGUCGCAUGAGGGAGCUGAGCAGGAAGAGGUCAGGUGAGCAUGCUGCCUGCCGCGAUAGAAGCUGCCGCCCACCUCGGGUCAGCUCCUGAGCCUCCCCAAGAUACAUCGCUGGCUGGGAGCCUGUAUGUUUCGGUGUAAAGCACGCAGGCUGCCUUUAUUGAGAACCAUCAUUUGCAGCAACCGGCAGAAUUCAUAGAGAGGGGCUUGCCUAGGUCUCCUAUAUACAGGUUUUAUGUAUAAAUGAAACGUUAUCACUGAUCUCAGGGUGAGAGAAUGGGACUGGCCUAAAAAGCUGCUGCUGGUAGCGCAUACAGCAAGGCUGACCCAAGCACCAUUGAGAGAGAAUGCAGUGGUUAUGGUGACUUGUUGCCCAACAUUCUGAGGAGUCAGACCAUUUUACAUAUAGUUACAUAGCUGAAAAGAGACUUCAUCCAUCAAGUUCAGCCUUCCUCACAUAUGUUUUUGCUGUUGAUCCAAAAGAAGGCCAAAAACCCAAUCUGACGCUUCCAAUUUUGCAACAAACUAGGAAAAAAAAUUCUUCUUGACCCCAGAAUGGCAGUAGGAUAUCUCCUUGGAUCAAGCAGCUAUUAUCCCACUAAUUAGAAAUGAUAUCCCUGUAUGUUGUGUUUUUGGAAGUAUUUAUCCAAUUGCAGUUUAAACAUCUGUAUGGACUCUGAUAAUACUACCUCUUCAGGCAGAGAAUUCCAUUUCCUUAAAGUUCUUACUGAAAGCAAACCUUUUCUUUGCCUUAGAUUAAAUAUCCUUUUUUUCAGCCUAAACGUGUGACCUCGUGUCCUAUGUAUAGCCCCGUUAACGUGUCCUAUGUAUAGCCCCGUUAGAAGGGUUUGGCUUCUUACUUGUGGUCUGCUAGGUGCAGCUAAGUGAGAGCCAGAUGUUCCUGCUCAGCCUUCUCUUAGCUCUCCUAAGUUAGUAUUAUGGAUGAGAGUGAUAGCCAAUUGCCUCUCAGCCAAUGAGCAAAGCCCUGCACUGCCUCCGUGAAAAGAGCAUCUGUCUCUCACUGAACUGUAGUGAAGGCAGGGAGCAACGCCCAUUGGACCCCAGUAAAGAAGUUAAACCGUUGUAAAACAACUUAACUCCUUCAUAAUAGGGGAUGCAAGGGUACACCUGGCACCAUAACCACUACAGUGCACUAUAGUAGUUACGUUGCUUGGAAUGUUCCAUCAAUCAUUCAGCCAUUGGUCCUUUAGAAAUAAUUAUUGAAUAUAUCUCUGGGUAUGGUGUGGAUUUGCUAAGUGUGUCGGAACUUUCUCUGAGUCUAGCUACAGAAUACGUAAAGAAAAUUCUGAUGUUCUUUUUGUUAUAAAACAUUUUUAGGCUGGACAAGAUGCUUCAUAUAUACAAUGGCUUCUAAAACUGACCCACUGAACAAGGACUGGUAUGCCAUUUUGGGUGCCAACCCCACAGAUAGCCAGGCAGAAUUGAAACAGAAAUAUCAGAAACUUGCUUUAUUGGUAAGUACAUUUACAUUUCUUUUGUUGAAGUUGUUGUAAGUUGGGCAGGAACAUUUACCGAAAAUAGUUUUUGCUCACUUGUGCCAUUACAUAGAGAACCUAUUCCAAGGCAUAUCAGACUGAUUUCACCCAUAAGGGCAGUCCAGAACCGAAAUGGCAGCAAGUUCUCUCUGCACGAGAGAUACAGCAACCCCAGUUAAUCGUCUUGGCCUUCUUGGGGCCUCGUCAGUGAAGUGCAGCUGAUGGCCAUCUAGGCACAGUAAGCACGGGAUCCAUGUCUGAAUUACCCUUUUAACUUCGGGAGAGCCAAGUUAAUGCAUUGCAGCAAAAACAGAGAAUAUGAGAACUGUGAGAAUGGACAAAAGCUUUGAGAAACUCAGUAGCUUGCUCUUUGGUAAAUCCCUGCCCAGGUUUUAAAAUGGUUUUUACUCACGUGUGCCAUUACAGAGAGAAGAUAUCUGAAGCAUAUUAUUAUUAUUAUUAUUAUUUAUUGCCAUUUUUAUAGCACCAACAGAUUCUGUAGCACUUUACAAUAUUAUGAGAGGGGGGAUUUAACUAUAAAUAGGACAAUUACAAGAAAACUUACAGGAACGAUAGAUUGAAGAGGACCCUUCUCAAACGAGCUUCCAGUCUAGAGGAGGUGGGGUGUAAAACACAUUAGGACAUAUCAGGCUGAUCCCACCCAUAAGGGCAGUCCAGAACCAAAAUGCCAGCAAGUUCUCUAUACGAUAAAUGUAGCAACCCCAGACGGUUCUUUCGGCCUUCUUUGGGCCUCGUCAGCGAGGCACAGUGAGCAUGGGGUCCAUGUCUGAUUACCCUUUUAACUUGGGGAGAGCCAAGUUAAUGCAUUGCAAUAGAAUCAAAGAAUAAAAGAACUCUGAGAACGGACAGAAGCUUAGAGAAGAGUAACAAAAUGGGGUACUAGCACCCAAAGAGUCAUUGCACCAGCAUUUUAGUUUCUUCAUAAUUAUCUAUGGUAUUUUUGUAGCUACAGUCUACAUUCAGUAAUACUUCCCACAAUGCACCUCAUCUUCUCUUCAUCAUACUUUUAUUUCCCAAUGUAAGUAUUGUUUAAACAUUAAUAACUUGUUUUGGAACUGGUACAGUACAAGAAACGGAUGCGUUAACAGUUCAGCUUCGUUAACUGUUGUGCUGUUUUAUUUCAUUAGCGUGCUGAGCUCCAAGGCAAGAAGGCUAGAAUCUAAAAUUCUUGAAAAUUGUUUUAUAAAGUCAACCUGUCACGUUUUUUUUUUACUAGUCUUUUCAUUUAAGGCUGUUUUUGAUUUAUAAUUUAACUCUGUCAGAUAGAACUGUCUGGAAAGGCACUUGUGGCAUUUCAUGCAAAUCUACUUAAUUUUCCCAUAAUGCUUUUAUAAAACUGUGUUGGCCAGCAUGGUUUAUAUCUGCGGGGAGCUCAAAUCGAACAAUCUUGUAAUCACAGGCGAAUUGUAUAUUAAUUGACAGAAAGAGAAAACAUAGGAACAUGGAGGUGAUUAUCAUAGACGGAAUGUCGGCCGUUACUCAAUGCUUUAUUCAGAGACACACUGUUAUUUAGGUUUGAUCACAAUUUCAAUUUUCACACAAAACCUGUUUGUGCUACUUUAGAACGAAGUGAUGUAGGUUUAGUAGUAUGUGUGCGCUUCCCUCAUUAUUGUGGUGUUUUUUUUGUUUUUUUCCUGUUGAAUUUUUUUUUUGUUUUGUUUUUAAGUAGCUUCUGAUAGCGUGGCAAACUCCUUGGGAAGCUCACAGAUGCAUUUCACUUUGUGAGUGCAAAACAGUAAAAGAAGAUUACAGCUCAUUCGCUUUCGCCGCUCUGCCACAGCCGUUCCGGCCUCCUCUGCUCUCCCACAGCCGUCCGGCCUCCUCUGCUCUCCAUCAACACCAGGACAAAAUGUAUAGUUUCCAUGGCAACCGGGUGCUUCGCAGAGGCCGCAAGAGGUUGAAGAAAACCUGCAUCAGCGUGUCUUUUGUAAACUGUAUCUCUCCUCAUCUCUUGCAGUUCUGCAGGGACAUUUAGGAGUUUGACACCAGCGCAUAGAUCAACAUCCACUCAGGUAUUUCACCCAUCUUUACUAUCUGGCAGAACAAACAUCCAGGCUUGAGAUGGCAUUCAGACAAGUAUAGAGAACAGAGAGGAGGACAUGUCUUACGUGAUGAAUGCGCAUGCACAAAGGAAGGACACUUGAAAAACAAUUUUUUUUUUUUUUUUUUUUUUUAUUGGAAUGGAUGCCUAAUAUAGUAGAAAAAAUAUGAUGUUAGAAUUUUUCUUUAAAAUCCAUAUUAUGGCAUUGUGACGGAACACCCAGUCACUUGUGCCAAAACAAGGAAAAGCCCCGCACCUCACUCAAAAGGGACAUAAUCAGUGUGACUCAUACACCCCAUGUGCCUUCCAGAUACUUUGUCCCAAACCAUUGGCACUCCUCACCAUCCUGUGCAUGUACAUUCACCAGGAACAACCCUUUCCUUGGCCGUCCAGGGAGUCCAGAGAGCCAUGAGGACUGUAGCGGGACUUAACUACAACUCCGACUCGGCCAUUGCAAACCCCCCCCCCAGCCAGCUUCUACCUUCGUUUUACAACCAGCUCUAUAGACCAUGUACUGUCAUGAACAACCAGGGGGAGCGCCCCUUUUUCAGUCCACAGGAGCUCCCGAUAUUUGACAGGCCAAAGCCCCAUUCACCCUGGAGCUCUUUUGGACAGAGACAUUACUAGCGGCAAGAUAUGCAGAAUAAAUAACGGCUCAGGCACGUCGGAAAAAUGUAAAUAGCAGCUUUAUUGGGGCAAAAGUAACAGCGUUUUGACCCUACCAGGUCUUUAUCAAACAUAGAAAUAUAGAAUGUGACGGCAGAUAAGAACCAUUCAGCCCAUCUAGUCUGCCCAAUUUUCUAAAUACUUUCAUUAGUCCCUGGCCUUAUCUUAUAGUUAGGAUAGCCGUAUGCCUAUCCCACACAUGCUUAAAUUCCUUUACUGUGUUAACCUCUACCACUUCAUCUGGAACGCUAUUCCAUGCAUCCACUACCCUCUCAGUAAAGUAAAUAACUAAUAUUUAUAUAGUGCCGUCACAUUCUAUGUUUCUAAGUUAUUCAAACAACGUUUUCUCAUUAGGCUAGUAUGUCAGUUAUAUUGAGUUGCUCUAGAAUUAUCUAGAUGCCUACAUAGUUACAUAGUUACAUAGCUGAAAAGAGACUUGUGUCCAAGUUCAGCCUUCCUCACAUUUGUUUUUGCUGUUGAUCCAAAAGAAGGAAAAAAAACCAGUUUGAAGCGCUUCCAAUUUUGCAACAAACUAGGGGAAAAUUCCUUCUUGACCCCAAAAUAGCAGUCAGGUGUCUCCUUGGAUCAAGCAGCUAUUACCCCACUAAUUAGAAAUUAUAUCCCUGUAUGUUAUGUUUUUGUAAGUAUUUAUCCAAUUUCAGUUUAAACAUCUGAAUGGACUCUGACAAAACCACCUCUUCAGGCAGAGAAUUCCAUAUCCUUAUUGUUCUUACUGUAAAAAAACCUUUUGAUACAUGACAAAACCUUACUGGCUUUAGCAACUGCAGAUUGACAUUGCAUAUUGCUGCCUAAUUUGUUGUCUAUAACAAUUCCCAAAAUCCUUCUCGUGUGUGGUUAUCCCUAAUUCACUACCAUUUAGGGUGUAAGUUACUUGUGCAUUCUUGACACCGAAGUGCAUAACUUUGCAUUUCUCUGUUAAAUUUCAUCUGCCAUUUUAGUGCCCAGUCCCCCACUCUAUCCAAAUCCCUCUGCAGCAAAUCAAUAUCCUGCUCACGUUUCAUUACUUUACAAUAGAUAUGAGUAAUAUAGAUUAUAAGACAAGAUAGUAAUUAUGUUAGUGGAGGGAACAGUAGAGUUAGGCUAGACCUGGAGUGAAUAGGUUAGAGUCAAGUUAAACCAUCUGACAAUGGGAUUAGCAGUAACAAUACACCCAAGAGGCCCCCUUUCAGGUAUUAAUCUCCUGGCUAGAACAUUUGUAACAAUCUCAGAACCAAAAAAUUAGCCUUGGCAAAUCAAAUUAAAGAAAAGCAGAAAUAAAAGUCGAAGUUAGGAGGAAUGAGAGUCUGUCAGUAAGAGUCACAUAUUCUAGUUAUCCAAUUCCCUUCUGGGGCAAAUCAUAGUUAUGCUUCGGUGUAGCAGCUGCCAGGCAUGGUCUUCCUGAUGUGGACCAAUGGAACAUCAGGCUGAAGUGUGGAGAUGGGCUAUGCGCUCCCUUCGGACACCCUCAAGACACUGCAGGCAGUCGUGAAGGAGCAGGAUAGGACUGCUUGUGUCGGAUUGAUGGUAUAUUGCGUCUGUACCCUGCAUUCUUAAAGUGACCUGGGCAUCUCUGCUGUUGUCCGGUCCGUCUUGGGCCCCCUAGCUGCCCUCAUUCAUCGAUAGCGCAGCAGGUGCCGUCGAGGUACUAGAACCAGCAGCCCCCGUGACUCGUGUCUGCAUGGGCAUUUGGCGAUCUUCAUCCUGAAGGUUUCGUUGGCUCCAUGAGUGUUUGGUACUUUGCAUAGUUUGCGCUUCAAGGCCCACUGCUGCAGUCUCCGCCACCUUUUGGGGCCUCGGUCGCGUAGUGGUGGGUGCUAGUCGGCUGUCAUGACUGUUGCUGACUGUAUACAUGUGGUUUCUGCCCAGAGAGGUUAGUAAUGUGUAGUGGGACAGGUUGAUGUAGUCUGUGCUCCAGCUUCCUCCUAAACAUCUCAAAAUGUUUGUUCUAUUUUGGCAGGAUGUCGUGUGCAGCAUCGACACUUGCAGUGUCCUCCAUCUUGGGUGAAACUCUGCGUGCGCUCUUUGCCCAUGUGGCAACAUUGAACAGUUCUGCAUGCUUGGGGUAGCCUCCUCCGGUCCAAAGGGGGAAGGUGUAACGGGCUUGCUCAUGUUGUAGGCAGCUUCAAGAUACCUCUGGGUUGGGAGAGCGGCUGUCUCUUCCACCCGAUGCAUACCAGGCCGCACUGUCAGUUGCAGCGUCAGCCGGUUGCAUAACACUCCACUGCAUGCUCUCUGUUGUGGGGGCUGUUUGUCUUGCUAGAUAAAGCUUUAGCUCUCUUGUAUUGCCAGAAUUGUGCGGGAGCUCGUGAGAAACAAAGCUGCUAUUUUUGUUAUCCCGAAGUGCCUGAACCAUUAUUUAUUUUGCAUAUCUUAGAAGGGAGUACUAGCCAGCCCUGGCUUCAGAGCACCUGGGUUAUUUGGUGAGUGCCGUAUCCAGUACGUCUCUACUAUUGCUAGCAGCUAGUCACAUCUUUACCCCGGUGGUGAUUCCCCAAUUCUGCAUGUUAUAUUUAUGUUUUUGGGGAUAUUUUGUUUUGUAACUUCUGUGUCCGGGAGAUAAUUAAUUUAGAGAGAGAUUACACAAUUAUCUCCCAGGCACAGUCACCAGGGCAGGAUCAUUGUACUGUUGAAUAGGGACCCCAUGCCGGGGAUCUGUGACUAAAUGACCAUGUUGAUGACAAUAAAAACAGGUCUUCUCCCAGCAUUAAGUCUCGACUAAUUUAUGGGGAAAAGGCUAUAACACUGCUAUACUCUACACAGCUCUACUGCGAGCUAAAAUCACGACUACUGUGCUGAAUAGGAUACUUCAAGAGGACAGGAGAGCCCUGGCGGUGACACUCAGGUCCCUUACUGAGUGGUCCGCCACGAUCAUGUUGACACUAAAAAAGGGGAGGAAUUGGGGGCACACCGGAACAUGCAUAUCUAAGUAGUGCUGCAUCAUGAUUGCUAUAAUGUGCCAGGGGAACCCUCUGCAGAAUAGGAAUACAGUCACUGGGCAGCCUUGUAAAAUUUGAAACUGUAUUUUUGUUGUGAGUGCACUGUUUCCUAAUAUGUAUUUUAUCUUACGGACACCAACUCUGAUUGCCUGCCCAGCUGGAAAAUGAGCAUCCACUAGCUCUGCCAUAGUUUAAUGGUAAAUAAGCCAGAUCACCUUAUGAGGUCUCAUUUGUUAUUAUUUUAAGGAUUUCACGUAUGGGCUAUGUAAACAGACACCUAAGAGAAAUGAUGGCAGUCUGUCCUCAACAGCACGGGCCUUCGCAAUCUAGCAAAUGGUCUGUGAUAUCAUUAAAACCGUCAAGUCUUCAAUGGAGAACUGUAUGAAUGAAACUGAUCCGCUGCGUGCCCAUAUAACACUUGACAUCUGUGGAAAAUUGGGAGAAAGAAUAGACUCCAGGAUGUCUAAUGGGCAUAUGCAAAUCAGCUUUUAUAUUUUAUUUCCCACUGAUAAUUAGAUGAGAACCCGACCACUGCCCGAUUCCUGUCAAGUACCACUUCCAAAAUUUUAUUUGAUUGAUGUUGGCACAAUUCUACAUAUCCUUGCCUCCCAGAUAGGGUCAAUUCAUCUUUUUAAAAUAAAUAAAUAAAAAUUGUGAAUGAAUUGAUUCGAUUGUGUUUGCCUGACGCAACAAAUUUGAAGUUUUAGCAGGUUAUUUUUCACUAGGUAAAUAUUUUUUUUUAAAAUGUGAUUCUCCUUUCUAUGUAUGUGUACCUUCCUCCAAUCUCACAACCUAUGUAUAGUGCCACCCAAUAUAGUCUGACAUAUGGCCAAGCAGAGAUCCAACCUGCUACCAACAGCUGGUACCUCAACCCAAAAAAUAUUUAGGAUUUGACCUUCACUGAAAUAUAUUUAUAUCCAUUUUGUACUUCUUGUUUCUUUAUAUCCUUAAUUAUUUUAGUGGUGGCCAAACAAGUCUUAUCUAGUUUACAUAAGGUCUUAUAACCUAUGCUGCUGUAAUUAUUCUGAUAAGAAUUUAGCAUUUUGUCAUUUGAUAACUCUAUAGGGAACAAAAAUCAGAUUUUUUUUUUUAUUUUAUUUUUUUAAUCAGUCUUUAUUGGACUUUUAGAGGAAGGGUUACAGAAAAGGAAAGAAGUUAACUGUGAAAUUGUAAUUCUUUUAUGUCUGCUUAGAAGGGAGUACCAGGUUAUUAUAUUAUAUAUAUCUAUCUAUCUGGGUAUUUACUUUGUGCCAGUCAGAUCUGUGUAAGGUGGCAGAAUGUCAGGAGGCAUGACUUUUCUGAGACCCUAAUUUAGGUAAUCGUCCAACUUUAAACCAUCUCUCUGAGUUGCUAUUAAAGGAACAUUAUAAUGUUAUGAUUUUUUUUUUUUUUAACAGUGUUACUUUCCUUUUAGUCCUUGCCUUCUUGAAUUUGGGCAUGUCCCCCAUGGCGAAGAAUGUCAUUUUUGAUGAUCUCACCCAAUCCAAUGUUUCCCUAUAGGAGACAAGUUUGCAUGCGCGACAAAUUGUUGCACUGCGCUGAUCAGCAUCUCUUUAUAGAAAUGCUUUUAUCCAGUGCAUCUGUAUGGGCAACAUUAAGCGUCUCCAUGCAGAGCUUGGAAAGCUUAAUAUCUGUCCUGCAUUAAUUGCAGGUCCGGACCCAGGAAGUCCCUCUGUUGGCUAUACAAGUGACAGCCAGUAGAGGUGGACUUAGGCAGCAAUGUAAGCAUUGCCUUUCUAGGAAAAGCUACCAUUUACAAUGCUGACCAUGCAGGAACACGCUCUGCCCCAGGUCCUGCUUCUGGUGGAUAUACCAAAACAGACAUUUGCAUGUGUGUGUCUGUACAGACAGGUUUAUAAGAUGAAGCUGCAACAGUAUCGUUACCAGUCCCGAAUUUUAUCUUCUUUUCCUUACAUGCGUUGUUUGCAUAAAGAAGAUUCUUAAACAAACAACCUUUCACUGGCAAUAUGAUGCGCCUCUAAGACGUGUUGUAGAGAAGACACAAAUAUCCAUGGGUGUCUAUGGCAUAUAUCCAAGUAUCUAUGGAAAUGAAGUGCCUGUGUUGUUAUAAUUUGGAUAUGAAUUUACAUCAUUUGCUGCAAUGAAUGCGCAGACAAUUGUUGUCGAGAUAAUAAAAGUAUGAAACUAAUUCAAACCCAUUGUUCCACCCUAUCACUAUGAAUUUUUAUUCACCCAUUUAAUGUUUGCUCAAAUUUUUGGGUCAUUGACGAUUAAUCUUGGAAUUAUUUUGCAGCUGUUGUGUGUAUGGAAAUUGCUGUUUACGUAGACAGGACCUUAAAAUAUAGCGAGAAAAGGGCUUUUGUUUCUUUUUUACAAAAAAAAAUAAUUUAUUUGAUUUGCUGAUAUUUUCAACAUUAUUUAUUUGCAAAUGCAGUGACAUAAUGAUGCCAUUUUUUUUUUUCGUUUUUAGAAUGUGCAACAUAUUCCUAAAGACCAUUAUUAAAUCUAACUUGACGUGUUCUCACAAAUGAUAGGUGGCUUGCGUGAUCCCAAGCAUUCUGUAUUGUUACACAGAAUACAUUUAAAUAGAACGAAAAAAGUUUAAAUAGAAGUACUUUGAAAUUACAACAGUUAUUUCGUUGAAAGUAUUUAAAUUGUGGCAUAUAUGCGCCCUCUAACUCCCCUAAAAAUGGUGGGUUACCACCCAUCACAAUUUACGUUAUUCAGGUUAUUUUGAAAUCCCUUUAAUUAAGGUUAUGUUUUGCCUGCGAUUCUUUCAGUGUAUGCUUUAAUGGGAGUACAACACACUUUCUAAUGUAGAGUUGGCCAAGAAAAGAUCUCUAGCUGUUGCAAAACUACAGGUACCAUGAUGUUUUGUUUCUACUUCAGCUGUGGACCUAUUUUUGGUCACCAGUGCUCUAGAAUAUUCACAGCUAACCUUUGUGCCAGGGGCAAAUGCAGAGCUUUAAAUCUAAGGCAAGGAACGCAUUUUUGUAGUGUAUACCGUGUGGUUCUCAGUAUGUGUAUUUAAGGUGACAUGCUUCUGUUCUCCAUGUUUGGCCCCUUUUGUAAUCCGUGGAUAGGUCUAUAGCAGGGGUGGACAACCUCCUGGCAGCGCUGUGCCAAAUACAAACUUUAAAGUCCCUUAGGUUGUCAUCGCUACUUUUUUUUCUAAAGAGUAACGUUUAGUUAUGUUGAGGAAUUCGGCUUGUGUUAUGUAUGGCCACUGAAGAUGUUUUGCAUGGUUUUAUUUUUGCGUGUGGCGGAAGCUGUUUUUUAAGUUGUGUAUGUGUUGUUUGUGGUAAUGUUUAUAUUUAUGUGGACUGUUUGAGUGCUUCACUGAUAAGUGUGUGUAUGUGAGUUUCUUGCAGUAUUUGUGUGUAGUGUGGACUCUGUGUGAUAUUAAAUGUGUGUGUAUAUGGGUUGCUUGUAAUAAUUCUUUACAUUAAUCUCAGACCACGACCUCCGUAAUUCUGCUCCUCGCGGUACCAGUGCUCAGUGAAUCAGAGUGUAUGCUGGGAGUCUUCUGAGAAUAGUGCUCACAGUCCCUGCCCAAACACUUUCCUCCCUCUUUCAGCCCUGCCGCUUGUCCACUGCGAGGAUAAACUCCCAAAUAAACUGCCUGGUGCUAGGAAAUGAAAAAGAGGAGAAGCAGGGGAUCAGCGCUAGGUAACCAAACAAGACUAGAGGCAACACACCUAGGGAUGUAUGGUUCCCUCUCAAACCCGCACGAUAUAAAAAAAACACUAAUUAACACGGUAGACGGUUGCGCCAAAUAUAAUAUUAUUCUGAACUAAAGAAGUCUUUAUCGUCCGUGUGUAGAGAAAGCAGCAAAGUAGAUUCUUGAAAUCCAAAUAUAUGCAAAGCUAUUUUAGGUGGGCUUCCCAGCAUGAUGGUGGGCCAUCUGAACCCCAAAAAAGUAAUAAUUAAGGAUCAAAUUGCACAUCUCUGUGGUUGUUGGUGUUGUGUAUGUGUGCUCUCUCUGAUGUGUGUGCAUGUAGAAUUGCUUGUAAGAUUGGGUGUUUGCUAGGAGCUAUCUGGUAUGGUGUGUGUGUGUGUAUGGAAGGGCUGUCUGUGUUGGAGUGUGUAUGGAAGGGCUGUAUGUGUGUGGGUGUGUAUGGAGGAGCUGUCUGUGGGUGUGUGUGUAUGGAGGGGCUAUCUGAGGGGCUGUUUGUGGCUGUGUGCAUGGAGGGGCUAUCUGUGGUGGAGUGUGUAUGGAGGGGCUGUGUGUGGCUGUGUGUAUGGAGGGGCUAUCUGUGAAUGGAGGGGCUGUCUGUGGUGGAGUGUGUAUGGAGGCGCUGUCUGUGGCAGUGUGUGUGUAUGGAAGGGCUGUCGGUGGUUGUGUGUAUGGAGGGGCUGUCUGUGGUGGAUUGUGUAUGGAGGGGCUGUCUGUGGUGAAGUGGCUGUGUGUGUAUGGAGGGGCUGUCUGUGGUUGUGUGAAUGGAGGAGCUAUCCGUGGCUGUGUGUGUGUAUGGAGGGGCUGUCUGUGGCUGUGUGUGUGUGUGUGUAUGGAGGGGCUGUCUGUGGUGGUGCUCUGGGUAUGUGUUGAGGACACUCUUUGUAGUGCUAUGUGUGUAAGGUGUUUGCUUGUAAACUUAUUUACAAAAGUUGUCCCCCCCUAUGUCUUGCCUACCUUGUGCAGAGAGGGGAACAGAAAUCCUUCUUAGUCCCUGGUGGAGCUCAGUGGUUUGGCAGACUUGCGUGCCAUAAAAAGGCACCCGACCCCUGUUCUAUAGAUUUGGUGAAACUUUAUUUGUGGCCGAACAUCAAGUUUUGCAACAACUUGAGGGAUGCAUUUUGCUAUUGUUUGCUAUUCCUAUUAUCUAGACUAUAUUUCAUUUACUCUAUUAAUAUUUAAGGCCUUUAUUUUAAAUUAAUAAAAUAAUACAAGAUAGGUACGUUUUAAUUAUCGCCAUCCAGUGAACCCAAUGAAUCCUUGUGACAAAUGGCAGAGAAUUAAGCAGUGAGACUGCAGGAACAUAAUCUAUUCACCAAAACUGCUUUUUUAAACUAAGGUUGUUUUGGAAACUAUAGUGUCACUUUAAUGUAUGUGAUAAGGACCUUUUGAGAAAAUAAAAUAAAAACUGCUAAACUGAGUAGUGGGAGUUUGAGCGCAGGACUUGUUUUUUUUUGUAUUUGUAUUCACUUUUUUAUCAUACAGCUAUGUUACAAUGCUGCCACCCACCCCAUGUUUUCCUUGUUAAGGGUUAAUAAGCAUUUAGGGGUUUAUAAAAAUACCCCUCUCUGUCUCAUUAGAGAUAUCUUUGCCAGAAGCUCAAGAAAGCAGUCUGAAUAGUCCGUGUAGGACCCACCUGAGGGGGUUUGCCUUGAUGCGGCAGGUGGGCAUCCCCUCUCAUGGCCAGUGGAGUAACUAAAUAACCUCCAUUUGUUUAUAUAUGCAUAGGGAUUUGGGAAGAGUGCAGGUAACUUUUUUAUUUUUUCUAAAAUAUAACAAAAUCUGCUUAAAUGUUUGAAAAUCUUUCCCUGAAAUCCUUACAUAAAUCAAAAUAAAAUCUAAUUUUAUCAUCUGAAUUAAAUAAAGACUAAAUUCGAGAAAUCAUUUAAUUAGGAAGAGACUAACUGAUUUGACAGAGCAAUCCGCAUAUUUCUGUUCAUUCUCUGAACCAUCUUAUCCAAGGCUGCCCUGUACUUUGCAUUAGGUGGCAGUAGUGUGUUGUAUUUUGCCAACCUUGACAUUUCCCCUAUGAGUUCUAUUUUUCUCUAAACUCACAGCAGUAACAUGCUACAGUCCUCUCAUGUAGCACCGCAUCUAAAAAUCGGCUCUAUUUUCAAUUGUUGCAUCUCUGAUCUGUGUUCGAGCCUCGUACUUAAUACAAGUGAUUUCCUAACCCUGCGAAACAGCACUAAUCCCACAUUAUAUGUUUGUAGCCAUCAUCUGAUCUGAGCUGACUUCCCCACCGGCCCGAGGCUCAAAUGCUAAAUUCCUUCUUUUACUUGUAAAUGGGGAUUCCACCUCUUAGAUACUAGAAAAGGUGGCAGAGCGCUGUUAAUUGCGGUUGUCGCUCACCGGGUUAAUUUUCUUUAGUAUUAGACAAAGCGUAAUUAGAAAGCUUCAACCAUUCACUUCUGUGCGAAAUGAGAGGCAAUAGAAUAAUUUGUGUAUUAAUUGUGUUUUGGCUUUUUAAGCUUGCGCCAGACAAAUUAUAGCACUCAUUGAUGAAGUCCAUGUUUUAAUGUGAUUGUAAAGGUGUGGUGGGAAAUCUGAAAACUAAGAUAUUGGUAAUUUAGCACCAGUUUUCCUGGGGUCUUUAAUUUUUGGUGUCUUCUCUACCCUCCCCUCCUCUUUUUUUCUUUUUGUUUCCAAAAUCAUAGAUGCUGACAAGUCUCUGAGAUCUAGAUUACUAAAGAAAUUCUGAAUUCACUAAGUUGCCUCGAACUGAAACUCUUUUAGUAUGGAUUUAGAAGCUCGGCUUCAGGACAUUUCAUUAACCCAACUCGCUGGCUAGCUUCUACCAGUUAAGCAACUUGGAAGUAAAUAAAACUAUAUUCAUGGAACCCAAUGUUUAGAGAGACCUUGACGCGUUGCUGGAAGAUUGAUUGAAUUAUGCGUUUAGCCUACUGUACAAUGCUGCAGCAUGUGUUUGCAUGCUACAAAUACAUUUUAAUAGCUCUUAAAGUGGUGUUGUCACCUUCUGGAGUCUGGAGUCUUUGCACAUUUUGCCAAGACCCCUGAUGGCGAAGUUGCCGUUGGUGUGCAGUGACCUUGGGGCUGCAGAUUUUACUUACCUGAACCUGUCCUUUGAAACUGCUUCCAUCUCCAUACAGGAGAUCCUCUAUAGCUCCUGGCACUUCAUCUGCAAGAAGCCGACGUCAGUGCUGUACUCCGAUGUCUAUGGAGGAUCCUAUGCCUUAUUUCUCACAGCUAGGGGAAUUGACAAAACAUGAUGGUGUUAGCUCCCACCCCCUGUCUUUAACCUCUGUUUGAAAAAACAUCAGACAAAGUAACUGCUAUUGGUGGUGGUUAUGGUGCCAAGAGUUCCCUAGUGUCCCUCUUUUGUAGGGAGUCAAACAGUUUUGAACUGUUUGACUUGUAACCUGCAGUGCAGCGGUAGCACAUUGGCUGAGAGCAAUCAGCUGAUACUGAGGGGUGACUCCAUCCAGGGCUUAGCUCAGGAGAGCCAAAUGAAGUUCCUGCUUAGAAAUAGCUGGCUGUCCGGCGAUGGUAGCAGAGGCAGGGAACAGCACCCUGCAGACCUCAGAAGAAGUCUGCGUAACCACUAUAGUGGGCUAUAGUGGAAUGGUGCUUAGAGUGCUUUAUUACCAUGAUGUAAAAACUAUUAUAUGUCAAUGGUUGGCUUAAAAUGGUAUAAUUAAUUUAUUUGGGAGAUCUAUCAGAAGUCCCUGCCACUGAUAAUCCUUGCAUGGCCUUGUAGGGCAUGGUAUUCCGAUCUGAUCUAAUAUCCAGGUUGGAACCCUGAACACUUCAUGUAGCUGGAUUACUGCUUUAUCCAGGAAGGUUCUUUCUUUGACUAUGAGGGAUUCCUUUCACCUGUGCUUCCCCUGAGUUUUUUUUUUUCUUCAUCAGUUUUAGGCAGUCCUCUGUACCACCUUUGUAUUCUUGCCUAAGUUUUUUUUUUUUUCUAAUUUCUUUGAUCAUUGGGGAGAUAGUGAUUUCUUAAUUUGUCCAAGACAGGCCAUUAAUGAGGAUAGGUUGUUCCACAUUUUGAUAAUGGUGAGAAUCAUCAUAUUAUAUGGAACCUAAUAAGUCCUUUAGGAUGUGUGAUUCCCUGUUUUGUCCAUUUUACUGGAAUGAAAAAUGGACGUUGGCAGUUACCUUCUGUUUUAACAGUUUUGGUUUGUGUUUUUUUUUUUUAUUGAGAAAUAGCUCAGUGUGUGACAGGAUUAUCAACCAUUCUACUAGACAGGUGAAUAUGACCUGGGCCUUUUGCCUUGUGGCAACUGCGGAGCAGACUUACGAAGUGGCUACUUGGUCUUCUUAUAGACUUUUUUUUGCUAAAUUUUAUAGUUUAGAUAUUUCAGUAUCUGUUCAUGCUUCGUUUUGCAGGAAAAAUUAAUUUGUUGUUGAUCAUAAACGUAAUUUUUCAUUUUCAUCAGUGUGGCCAUCGCCUACAAAUAUCCUCCCUGGUGUUUUAUCUCUCUAGGGUUCUGGAUCUUAAUGGUUUUGCUCUUGCCUGGAUUCUUUUGUGCGUCUUUCUUGUUUCAUUCUGCUCCGCUCAGCUAAAAUGUUAACUGGCUACCUUGAAAAUGAUUGGCUAGGGUCACUCACUGUUGGUGAUAUCCACCUCUGAGAGGUUUGUUAGAGUGUAGGCUUCUUAAAGGGACACUAUAGUCACCAGAACAACUAAAGCCUAUUGAAUUUGUUCUGGUGAGUAGAAUCAUUACCUUCAGGCUUUUUGUUGUAAACACUGUCUUUUCAGAGAAAAUGCAGUGUUUACAUUACAGCCUAGUGAUAACUUCACUGGCCACUCCUCAGAUGGCUGUUAAAGAUCCUUCCUGGGUCAUUGCUGCCUAAAAUGCAUCCAAACAUUCAGUGUCUCCUCCCUCUGCAUGCAGACACUGAACUUUCCUAAUAGAGAAACAUUGAUUCAAUUCAUCUCCAUGAGAAGAUACUGAUUGGCCAGGGCUAUGUUUAAAUUGUGCUGGCUCUGCCCCUGAUCUGCCUCUUUGUCACUCUCAGCCAAUCCUAUGGGGAAGCAUUGUGAUUGGAUCAGGCCACCACUUCUGAUGAUGUCAACAGGCAGUGGGCAGGUCUAAAGGAAACCGGCACAAAGCAUGCAGCUGCAGACUUGAAUACAAGUAAGAUUUACUAUAUUUAGGGAGGCAUGAGAGGACCUGGGGGGCUAGAUGGUGGUUUUAACUCUAUAGGGUCAGGAAUACCUGUUUGUGUUCCUGACCCUAUAGUGCUCCUUUAAUGCGCUGCUCUGCAUUGAGGCACUGAAAUAGCUGAUUAGAACUUUGUCCUGCUGUAGUUGCUAUGAAAACAUUUUUUAAUUUUUUUUUACUUUUUAUUUUUAAAUCUCCCCCACAAUUUAAAAAAAACACUAUGUGGUGACCAAUAUUUAGUUGCAGUAGACAUUACUGGAGAGCAGAUGUUAAAGGCAGGGGUUAGGGUUGUAAAGUUGUUGGUAAGUUAGCAACAGCUUAUGGCAAAUAUUUACCGAAAACACUGGUAACGAGCCAUGAAUUGCCGAUCUGCUUUUAGCUGGACUGGUCACUUGAAAUAAUACCAUGUAUCUGAAUUUUUAAGUUUACAAUUAAAAAUCCUCUUUUUCCAUCUGAAACAGAACUUUCAUUUUUAGAUUUCUUAUUACCCAUAUAUAGACACUUCAUGCAGUGUGAUGAAAAUAUUACACGAAAGACCUUUUGAGUCCUUAUUUCCCUCGGUUGACGGUUUAUGAAAUUUGUAAGCAAUCUUUGCGGCAGCCAGCAAUUUCCGAAAAUUUCAGGGAAUCGCACAUCAUCUGUGAAAUCUUAACCAUCCACACGUACUGUCAUGAUUUUAGAUUCUUCUUUUUUAACUCUGCUGCGUCUCAAAGUUUAAAGUACGCUUGGGAGGAAGUGCCAUAGCAGCAUUAGCUAGGCAGAAAGAUCAAUUAAUAGACAAAAGCAUGUGAGCGUUGACAGAACAUGCUCCCUAAUUAGUUAACUGAUGAACCAUAGAGUUCACAAAAGAAAGCUAUAUAGCUCCAGGCUAGCUGCUCCUACAAGACCUCUUUACAUAACAGUGGGAUGUAAAUCAUUAAACCAGCCAACGAGAACAUUUCUCCAUAUCUUUAUACAGGAGGUACCCACAGUGUAACAAGUUAUGGGUCUUUUAAAGCGAUGUGUUAGUAUUUAUUACGGAACGGAACACAGAAUGUAUGUAUUAUAUUUCGAAGCCCUGGAGUGUAUUUCACAAACCUUUGCAGCAUCUAGCAUCAAGUGCCUCUAUCUCCCACAGUAUUUUAAUAUUCUUGAUCUGUGCUUGUUGUUUGAGUGAUGGACAUACCAACCUGUAGUUAAAGGAAGUGUCCCGUAAAACCAGACUGGUUGGGUUGUCUUGAGGACUGGAUGGUUAAAAUCACAUUAUGCCAGUAUGCCUGUGUCACCCACUUAUAUUUAAUUACUUUUAAUGAUAUAAUAUAAAAUAUAUUUAUGAAUAGUGUAUGUCCUCGAUAAAUUCUUUAAACAGGGCUUGAGAAAUUUGAUUGAAUCUAGGAGCCAGCUAAAAAAGUUAGGAGCCAGUUUUUUUUACAACUUAAAAAGCUUUAUAUUCAUCGACAAAAACACAAUUCUUAGAGGGACACUAUAGUUACCAGGACCACUAUAGCUUAAUGUAGACACACAUACCAUGACAGACACACACACUCACCCCGUGACAGACACACACACUCACCCCGUGACAGACACACACACUCACCCCGUGACAGACACACACACUCACCCCGUGACAGACAGACACCCCAUGACAGACAGACACCCCGACACCCCAUGGACGGACGGACAGACACACACACCACUCCAUGGACAGACAGACAGACACACCGUACCAUGACAGACAGACACACCGUACCAUGACAGACAGACACACCGUACCAUGACAGACAGACACACCGUACCAUGACAGACAGACACACCGUACCAUGACAGACAGACCCACAUACACUGACACAUUAUUGCUUGUUUUAAUAAAAUCGGCUUACCCUGUGGGGUCCAGUAGGUGGAAAGCUGUGGGAUUGUGGAGGCAGGCAGCAAGCUGUGGGAUUGUGGAGGCAGGCAGCAAGCUGGGGGAUUGUGGAGGCAGGCAGCAAGCUGGGGGAUUGUGGAGGCGGGCGGCAAGCUGGGGGAUUGUGGAGGCGGGCGGCAAGCUGGGGGAUUGUGGGGGCGGGCGGCAAGCUGGGGGAUUGUGGAGGCGGGCGGCAAGCUGGGGGAUUGUGGAGGCGGCAAGCUGGGGGAUUGUGGAGGCGGGCAGCAAGCUGGGGGAUUGUGGAGGUGGGCGGCUGGCUGCGCGUAUUGAUGCCAGGCAGCGAGAUCGCAAUGAUAUCCGUGCUUUGCUCCUAUUCCAUCACUGCUUGCCGUCCGCCUUCACAAUACACUGACUUGCCAUCUCAGACGCCAAGGCAAAACUCUCUGGGAUUUGUCAAGCCCUGCUUUAAAAUAUUUCAAUGUUUUAAAGCACAGUGUAUAAUGGAAAGGGAGUUAUUGUUACAAUGUAAAGCACUGCAGAAUAAGUUGACGCUAUAUAAAUAUCAACAAUCAUAAUAAUAUUGAAUCUUUACAGUGGGAUUUACAGUGGGAUUUACAGUGGGAUUUACAGUACAUACUCCCAAAAUGUCUGCUACUGCGUAGAAGUGUACUGUUUAAUUAUUUGAUUGUUUCUACACGAACAUAUUUAUGUGUUUCAAUCAAUGUUCUCCACUUUUGAAACUACAACAAUCUAAUCUGGAGCCAUUUAUGCCAUUAACGAUGUAUAACAGUCAGAGGAGCGAUGGUGGAAGGUUGAUGUAGUGAAAUCUGUUGAUGAAUCUGCUGAAAAAGAUUGAUACACAGUUUGUAUUUCACCUCUGCUGACGAGUCAAAAUGACAACUACUGGCUAUCAACCAGGGCUGUCGAAAAUACCUUUUACGCAGUGAAGGUCACUAUCUCCCGUUCUCAUUAGCCCUAAGGACAUGGAACAUGCAGACUCUGCACAUAUGUGUGAUUUCAACAUACAAGUCAUUUAUUAGUAAAAAAUAAAAAUGUUUUGCAUCCAAAUACCAUGAAUCUAAUUUACUCCACUUGAACCUGUGGAUUUUUUAAGGCACAGGAGGGGCUAUGUGAAAACCCUUGAGGGACACAUCUGGUGGCGUACAACUUUGUAAAUUCAUAUACAUUUAUGAGAAUAAACAUGGUAUUGUGUUAAAUCUCUUUACUAAAUUUAUGGAAAAGUCUUUUUUGUUAUCUCUGGUCAAUGUGUUUUUAUUUUUUAUUAUUGUUUAUUUAUUUAUGUUUCUUGUCAUUGGCAGUACCACCCAGAUAAACUGGGCACGGACGUGACAGACAAACAUGUUGAGAACGGGUCACAAAGGUUCAUCGAAAUCAAUCAGGCAUGGAAAAUUCUAGGGAAUGAAGAGACAAAGAAAGAAUAUGACCUGAAUCUGCGAGGUAGGUGGUUCCUCACCUUGUAGACUAGGACCCACAACAGGUGGAUUCCAGACAGGUUCAGCUAGCCAUCCAGUUCAAGGCUACACUUUGCCUAUCUAUCCUUGUUUUUGCAGUGCUUUAUCUAGCCGUCCAUGUGUAUACCAUACUUUAUCAGGCCGUCCAGGUCUAUAUCAGGCCAUCUAUGUGUAUACCGUGUUUAAUCUAGACUUCCAGGUCUUUAUCUAGCCGUCAAUAUGUAUGCCGUGCUUUAUCUAGCCAUCCAGGUCUUUAUCUAGCCAUCAAUGUGUGUACCGUACUUUAUCUAGUUGUCCAGGUCUAUAUCCUGCCGUCCAGGUCUAUAUCCUGCCGUCCAGGUCUAUAUCCUGCCGUCCAGGUCUAUAUCCGGCCGUCCAGGUCUCUACCUCACGUACCAGUCCCUUGCUCUCUCCUUCUUUCCUCCAGCUCUGCUUCACUCCACAUUGUUUGAUUGAUACCUCCUGUCCUGUUGUGUUUUACGCCCCACCUCCUAGAGACUGUAAGCUCGUUUGAGCAGGGCCCUCUUCAACCUAUCGUUCCUGUAAGUUUUUCUAUAUGUCUAAUUUAUUGUUAUUGUAAAGCGCUACGGAAUAUGCUGGCGCUAUAUAAAUACCAUUUAUAAUAAUACUAUCUAGCAGUCAAUGUGUAUACCAUGCAUUAGCUAGUCAUCCAGGCCUAUAUCUAGCAGUGGGACCUCGGUUUACAAACGCCUCGGUUAACAUAAUUUUCGGUUUACAAAUGAAAAUUCAUUGAAACUAAUGCCUCGGUUUACAAUUUUUUUUUGCGAUACGAAGCAAGUUUCCCCAGGAUGCAUUGAACCUGGGAGGUUUAUAGCGCCGCCCCCUGCAUGCUGGAGCCUGUGGGUAGCACGUGGCAUCAAGUGUGGAGGUGUUGGAGCGGCUUUUGCAUCGAGUUUUGGAGCCAUUCUGGAAAUUGUUUGCAGUUGUUUUGGGACUUUUUGGUGCAUUUCUCAAGCUGUGGAAAGGUAGGGAGCUGAGCUUUGUCGUUUGCAUUCCUUUUACUGUGUGUUCUGAAUUGUGGGUUGGUUUCCAUGUCAGCUCAUUUUGACUUUUUUCUGACCUCAGAACAGAUUAAUUGGUUUUCAAUGCAUUCCUAUGGGAGACUGCGUUUCGGUUUACAACUUUUUCGCAAUAAGAAAUUUCCCGGAGAACGCAUUAAAUUCGUAAACCGAGGUCCCACUGUACUGUGCUUUAUCUUGCUAUCCAUGUCUGUGCUAUAAUUUAUAUAUAGCCGUCCAUGUCUGCGCUAUAAUUUAUAUAGCCGUCCAUGUCUGCGCUAUAAUUUAUAUAGCCGUCCAUGUCUGCGCUAUAAUUUAUAUAGCCGUCCAUGUCUGCGCUAUAAUUUAUAUAGCCGUCCAUGUCUGCGCUAUAAUUUAUAUAGCCAUCCAUGUCUGCGCUAUAAUUUAUAUAGCCAUCCAUGUCUGCGCUAUAAUUUAUAUAGCCGUCCAUGUCUGCGCUAUAAUUUAUAUAGCCGUCCAUGCCUGCGCUAUAAUUUAUAUAGCCGUCCAUGCAUGCGCUAUAAUUUAUAUAGCCGUCCAUGCAUGCGCUAUAAUUUAUAUAGCCAUCCAUGCCUGCGCUAUAAUUUAUAUAGCCAUCCAUGUCUGCGCUAUAAUUUAUAUGGCCGUCCAUGUCUGCGCCACAAUUUAUAUAUAGCCGUCCAUGUCUGCGCCAUAAUUUAUAUAUAGCCGUCCAUGUCUGCGCUAUAAUUUAUAUAUAGCCGUCCAUGUCUGCGCUAUAAUUUAUAUAUAGCCGUCCAUGUCUGCGCUAUAAUUUAUAUAUAGCCGUCCAUGUCUGUGCUAUAAUUUAUAUAGCCGUCCGCGUGUGUGCUAUAAUUUAUAUAGCCGUCCAUGUCUAUUUUGUGCGUUAUCUUGUCAUGUACUAUAGCUGUCCAUUUUGUACUUUACCUUCUACCAUCUUCUACCUUGCUAUAAUUCAUUUAACACCAUGUUGGAUGCGGUACACUGUUUAAGAAAUACUCCAGCCACCACAACCACUUCUUCUCAAUGAAGGCACAUGACAUACAAAAAGGGACAACUAAUAAAAAAAAAUAAAUAAAUAUAUAUAUAUAGUAUGUACUCACUAUUAAAAGGUGCAAAAAUGGAUUCUGGCUCUGCAUUUAAUAUAGAAUAAAAGAAAAUGUAAUUGUCCAGCACGCAUGAAUAGUACUCUGAAUUUUAGUUCCCCACAGCAAACUGUACAAUGUUUUGACCUAACAAUAAGACUUUCACAAGGAACAUGAGAAGGACCUACUGUUAUGUCGGAACGUUCAGCUUCCUGUGGGGACUCUGAGCACCAUAACAACUUCAUUGACACCAACUGAACUGGCUAUGGUGCCCAGAGCGUUCCUUUUAAGUCUGAUAUGUAUUGUGUACUUUUGUGUUAGCACAAAAAAAAUUCUUGAAGCCACUCUGCAAGGCACAUUUUGUUUCCACCAACUAUCGAGGGAAAAAUAUUAGCCUAAAUUUAAAGUUUGCUUUUUUUACGGUUUCUUAAAGUCCCCUGAUUUAACAUCAAUACCAUUUAAGAAAGGCUUGAUAUAAAUCUGGGUUCUUCCUGGUGCUGAGGGACUACCUCAGUCUUAUACAUCCUAGCCUCAUUCAAUAAGACCAAAUGGGCACUCUUCACACUCCCAGCCUUUCUUUAUUGUUCAGAUUACCACUUACCACUGACUUUGGCCCAAAAAUUCACCAUUGCUGGACUACACUGCCUCCCAACAAUAACCAAGUCAACCUGUCCCAAUUACUGGAGAUUUCAUCCUCCGAUGCUCCACAUCUCAAGGAUCCCAUUGUCAUUUGAAGACUUGCAACUGUCCUUUUACCAAGAUUUGACAAAGGCCACACUUCAGUGUCAAAAAUCACUAAAUCUACUCACUAGUCGGCUAUGUUCCGCAGGGGUGGCCUACAGAUGGGGAACACUGAAUUCCCUCCUCAUCACACAGACUGGAACUGUUCAGAAACUCACUUCUGGAACCGAGGCACCUACACUACUCUCCUUGUUUACCCAACACUUGCCACCUCUACAUCACCUACAACCCAUGUAUGAGAUCUAGCAUUAACGGUUCUGUUUGUACCAAGAGGCUCACCAGAGACUCCACUGACUCCUACCUUCUGUCUGACUCUCCUGGCUUAUGUUUUUGUUAUUUCUAUUACUGAAAUAUUCUUCCAAUAUUCUUUUGUUGAUUUUUACCACCAAUUUUAAGGUCCUGUUGGGCGCAGUCUAGGUCUAGUCUCGCAAACACAUGAGAUGCGCAACACCCCCGAAACUCUCUUGGUCAGGGGAACUUACUCCCUUGGGUAGCCAAAGAUCAUGUUCACGAUCCUUACUACAUACAAUUUUGUAAAUUUACUGUGUUGGCUAUUCGAGUAGGUUUUACUCUUAUGAUUCACUGAGCAAUACGCUUAUACGCUACUACCACCUUCAUAGACCUUAGCUUGUUCAUUAACAGACACCCAGUAUAUAAUACCCUGCAUGUACACACUCUCUACUGGCCUCACAUAUACUGUCAAUUCUUGACCUAGAAGAUGUUAGUCAUACUCUGUUAGAAAAGCCGAUUUAUAAUGUCUCCCCUCUUCCUCUGGGGCUACACCCUUGAUAUACAUAAAUAUAAAAUGUGUAUAUUGCUAGUUAAGAUAUCUUGUUAAUGGAUAUAUUCACGGAAUUGUACAGUUUCUCAAACACAAUGCUCUUGUUACAUUAUGUUGAUAUGAUUUCUCUUGCGUUUGCUGUAGGGGCAAGGCACGUACUUGUGUACCUGCACGCCAAAAAUAAAAAGGGGUGGUGGUGAGCUGUAUUGAUUAGGUUGCUUAGAGUAUUCCUUUAACAUCUUCAGGAAAAUACAUAUUUAAACUCUAAAGCAAGGGUGGAAGAAAGUAGGUCUAAUAGUAAUAAGACCCCCAUAAUUUAUGUUGUUCCAUAAGAGCUGGAGAUAUUGAUAUUUUGCCAUCCCUGGCUCUAAAGAUCACCUUACAUACCAUCAACUGAAUAUCGGGCUUAGAGACUCUUUAUGGGUGUGAACUGCACUACUUAUUUACUAUCAAAAGCUCAGCAGAUCUCCACUGAUCCUAAAUAACAUGAAUGUUCAGUGAUAAUAUAAGGUCUGUAAUGCUAAAAUCCCGAGCAAGGCUUGACAAUUCAUCAACCAUUUCAUAAUAUUCUGGUUCAUGACAAUCCUUGUUCCAUACAGAAUAGCGUUUGAUUUGUACCAAUCUAGUCUUUGCUGCGAGAGCAUUGCGAUUUCAAAUAGAAUCCUCCUUGGCUUGUAUAUUUAUUCUGAUUAUUAGUAUUUUCAGUAUAAAACCCCAGUUAUAGAAGAGUUUAUCUUUGUCCACAUUUCUUUAAAUCUGCAUCUUUCCCCUGCACAUUUUUAUUUAUUUUUGCAUCCGCAAAUAUAGCUCCUUAAAACAGCGACAGGCUGUUGCGAACAAGGAAAGGGGGAAUGUAGGUCAGAUCUGUCACACACAGGCUCCUGUUACAUGAUGUGAUAGCCUGUCUUUCUGCAUUGGCCUGCGGGUAGGAGUCCCUCAGCCUUCCAUUAGAACCCUCAAUAAAUGUAUACCCACCCUCCUCUGCUAAUGGGAGGGGGAGUCAAUAAUAGUGGAUUGCCAUCGGGGAAAACACUCAGUGGCACAUUGCAGUAACACACUCUGUCUUAUCUUUCAUGCACAGCCACCAUCAGACUUCAGCGUGUCUGAUAAAAGCAAAACGCCUGGGUUAGAUUGUUUGCAAGAUUUCCUGGGCUUCUUAUACAGACCAACCUCUCCUUUCUCCCCGUCUCUCUCCCCUGCUGCUAAUAUUCCUAGUACGUUACGAGACACACAGGCCGUUUUAUACCAGAGGCAGAGCAAUAGGCUUUACGUUACAAGUAGAUAAAAAAUAAAAAUAAUAUAUAAACAGUAGUUUAUAUCGUUUGCUCAGCCUGCCUGUGAUUGCGUGUUUGUGUAACACUGCUGUGAUUGCACCUUCAAGUAACCUUUUAUACUGGCCGGCCUUUCAGCUACUUGGGACCAGUAAAGCUGGUUAAUUCCAUUAUUGUGUUAUCGUCCCAAUUAUCCGAUUCUGUGAGUUGGUACUGCUUUAAGCACGAUCAGUCUGCUUGUAUUUUUUUUCUGUUUCGUGUUGCCUUUUCCACGGGUUACUUAGAAGCAGAUCUUAUUCAUACAUUUAUAAAUUAUUGUAAUGUGAACCUUUUGCAUUACUUCCUUUUUCUGCAAUGGUUUUACCACACCUCACGAUGGCGCCAUGGACCACACACGUAAUUUAUAAAGCUACCACCAUGAUGAUAAAUGUACUGUUAUACACUAAAGUCCAAAUGCUCUCGUUCCAGAUUAUCAAAAAUGAUCCAGUACUGUCUGGGGGCAAUUGGUUGUGAAAACCUGGACGUUGAUCACAGUGUAUAUUUUGAGUAUGGCAAUCCGUAUUCUAAUGACAUGAAUGUUCAUCAGGUUUCAUCCUGUCUAAAUACUACUGGAUCUCUGGCUGUGCAUCAUGGGAGUUGCAGUUUUACUCUUGCUAGGGGUAUGGAGUUGCAGUUUUACUCUUGCUAGGGGUAUUAAUCAUUUGGUUAUUUAGUAAAAAGUUAUGGAAGAUACUCCCUUAUGUCACGUGGGGAGGCAGUGUUUUCAUGCAGUAGUGCAUUAAGUAUACCGUGUAUCCCCUGGUCUUAUUGGAAGCAUGCACUUUUUUAAAUGAAACGUUUACUUGUGGGCAUGUGGUUCCCAGCCACCCUCCUCCUCUCCAUUGUUUCUACUUUGCCCCUACCAGAUGCCUGUAAGUGGGGACCACUCAAAGGUCCCCCCCCCAUGGUUAUCAUUGUGCCCAUACCUACCACCAAAUUGUGGGGAUGGGGAGAGGUCAAAGGAGACCACUGACAGGCUCCCCCUUAUUCAUUUUGAAACUGCUACAUAAUGCCCAUGGGUGGGGGCUUGGGAGAACCAGUGGUUGAUCCCGUCUUAUUCUAUUACAGGCUCCGUACCACAACAAAUGGGGUGAGGCCUUCAGCAACUGGGCUGCAGGAGCUGAGCCGUGGGGGAAUAAGUUGGGAAAAGAGAUCCUAUUUUUCUCACUAUAUUUAAUACCAAGUGCCGCUGCUCAGAGAAUGGGUAUUAUUGCUUGAUCUUCCGAAGUUUAGUGUGUAGUAGACUUGCUCCACCAAGGGCAUUCUUUGUCCCGAUCGUUCUAUGGAAAACUUUUUACACUUUAUUUACAUAUUCUAAAAUGAGACAUAGGCAUAACAUCCCACCGUGUAAUAUUGGCACACUGAAUGUGGUUGGCACUAUAUAUGUAAGAGCAUUAACAUAGAAACAUAGAAUGUGACGGCAGAUAAGAACCAUUCGGCCCAUCUAGUCUGCCCAAUUUUGCUAAAUACUUUCAUUAGUCCCUGGCCUUAUCUUAUUGUUAGGAUAGCCUUAUUCCUAUCCCAAGCAUGCUUAAACUCCUUUACUGUGUUAACCUCUACCACUUCAGCUGGAAGGCUAUUCCAUGCAUCCACUACCCUCUCAGUAAAUUAAUACUUCCUGAUAUUAUUUUUAAACCUUUGUCCCUCUAAUUUAAGACUAUGUCCUCUUGUUGUGGUAGUUUUUCUUCUUUUAAAUAUAGUCUCCUCCUUUACUGUGUUGAUUCCCUUUAUGUAUUUAAAUGUUUCUAUCAUAUCCCCCCUGUCUCGUCUUUCCUCCAAGCUAUACAUGUUAGGUUCCUUUAACCUUUCCUUGUAAGUUUUAUCCUGCAAUCCAUGAACCAGUUUAGUAGCCCUUCUCUGAACCCUCUCUAAGGUAUCAAUAUCCUUCUGAAGAUACGGUCUCCAGUACUGUGUACAAUACUCCAAGUGAGGUCUCACCAGUGUUCUGUACAAUGGUAUGAGCACUUCCCUCUUUCUACUGCUAAUACCUCUCCCUAUACAACCAAGCAUUCUGCUAGCAUUUCCUGCUGCUCUAUUACAUUGUCUGCCUACAUUUAAGUCAUCAGAAAUAAUCACCCCUAAAUCCCUUUCCUCAGAUGAUUGUGUUAAAGGCUUUCUUGUAGUGAAUCCAGGCCGUGCGCAGAUUGGUCUGUCUGGUCUUAGACUCCCCUGUGACAGCUUGGUCUACCAGUAGUUGGUGUUUUGAUCCUCUGGAGUUCUUUCCAAUCCCCUACUGAGUAUUGCCUCAUAUAUGCCCUUGGAUCUUUGAGCCUUACAUGUUCUUCCCUUGUGAGGGUCCUUCAUGAUCAGUAUAGUUCUGCCUUGUGUUAGCCAGCAUGGAUGCCUAUAAUAAAGAAGUUAACAGCGCUACAUGAAAGCCUAGCAGCACAAACGAACCGGCUAGUAGCAUCCAGUAGCUUAAUUAAUCCUAGGGGUGAGCAACUCUUCAUGUGUGCAGCUCUCUGUUGGAUAUCUUCGACUGUGAUGGUGACUGGUUCCUGUUCUGGCAGCAUACAGUGGUCUGCUUUCAGGUCCAGUAGCCUCGGUGUUAUGAGAUUCUUCUUUCUUCCAGAUAUUCUUCCAGUAGUAUCAAAGAUGUCUUUGGUUAGCCUCUGCGUCUCUGGUGUAUCUGCUCAGUGUAUGUCCAUAAUCUUAGCCGACUACAAUGAACUAAUAAUUUUAAAGGAUUACUCUAAUGUAAAAAAGAAACAUAUUUAUUUGUAGUGUUAAUGUUCCUUACUGUGUUUAGAUUACUGCACCACUCCUUUUUUUAUUUUCAAAAAAAGUUUUUUUUUUAAUCAUUAAACCCUUUAAGUCUCUUUGGUGCAGCUGCUUCACCUGUGAUAUGUCGCCAUUUUUGAUGAAUUUAGCCCAAUACAAACUUUCUCAUAGAUAAACACCGAGGACAUGCACAGCAGUGACCUAGCCGAGCCUAGCUCAUAGAGAUGCAUUAAAUCCAGUACUUUUAAGAGAAGCAGUGGACACAUUCGACAGCUUAUACUGUGCGUAAUGACACAUAACCUGGUGACCGUGAUCUUUGAUAGAUACUAAAGGCACUUUGUUAUGACCGCCACUAGAGGCAUGUUUCAGACUGACUGCCACUAGAGGCAUGUUUCAGACUGACUGCCACUAGAGGUAUGUUUCAGACUGACUGCCACUAGAGGCAUGUUUCAGACUGACUGCCACUAGAGGCAUGUUUCAGGCUGACUGCCACCAGAGGCAUGUUUCAGGCUGACUGCCACCAGAGGCAUGUUUCAGGCUGACUGCCACCAGAGGCAUGUUUCAGACUGACUGCCACCAGAGGCAUGUUUCAGACUGACUGCCACUAGAGGCAUGUUUCAGACUGACUGCCACUAGAGGCAUGUUUCAGACUGACUGCCACUAGAGGCAUGUUUCAGACUGACUGCCACUAGAGGCAUGUUUCAGGCUGACUGCCACUAGAGGCAUGUUUCAGGCUGACUGCCACUAGAGGCAUGUUUCAGGCUGACUGCCACUAGAGGCAUGUUUCAGGCUGACUGCCACUAGAGGCAUGUUUCACUGACUGCCACUAGAGGCAUGUUUCAGGCUGACUGCCACUAGACUAGAGGCAUGUUUCAGGCUGACUGCCACUAGAGGCAUGUUUCAGGCUGACUGCCACUAGAGGCAUGUUUCAGGCUGACUGCCACUAGAGGCAUGUUUCAGACUGACUGCCACUAGAGGCAUGUUUUGUUUGGACAGUAUCGAUGCACCAAAACCACGUAACUAAGAUGAAGUGGCAUGGUAUUUAAAGUGUUCCUUUUAGUACUGAAUAGUUCUGAAUGUCAUUAGCCCUCUUUUUAUUUUUUUUUCCUGCACUAUGUUACUAGCUGAUACACUCCUAUCCCAGGCGUACCCAUGCCCUCUGCUUGUUAGGACUCCAUUUUUGGCAAUUGUAGGAUAAGAAAUUGCAAUCCACGUAGAUACAUAUUUAAUAAAACGGUAACAACACAUGUAUUAUUUACACAUGUAUACAUAAUUUGACGCUAGUUCAAGCAGCUAAAUAUAUAUACUCACGACAGGAACUUUAAAAAGGUCAGCAGGGAUUCAUAUAAAAUAUUGAAAGAAAAAUAUUAAUUUCAAAUCAUAAUCCUGCUUUAAAAUGGAGAAAUCAACCUGGAGUAUAAAGCAAAACUAUAGGUUGUGACUUAAACCGUCAUAAAAUGUAACAUUCCUAUAAUAUAGUUCUCAGCAUGCAGAAUAAGCCCUAGAUGUAGUUGAUUUGCAGUAUUUACAUUGAAAGACUAGCAGUAAAUGGUGCUGACUAAUGCUGAGCCCGGGCACACAUGGUCAUUCAAUGUUCUUAUUUAAAGUGAAGGAAUUGUGUUAAGUGUCUUUGAACUCUGGGGCCAAUGAGCCUUCCAGGAUUUGAUCCUACAGCCCAGACAAGCAAGCAUCAAAAUCCCUCUAUUCCCUUCAUGCCACGCAGAGCCAGCGGAUUGUAAGGUCAGAGUCUACACUUCUGGUGCCUUCUAGACUACCAUUUUGAAGGCGCUACAUCAGAGCUUAAUUAGAACCCUUCAAAUUAAUCUGUAUAGGCUACAGUGAAACUGAAAAUACUUUACAAUGAGGAAGCCAGUGUAAUCAUGAAUUUGUGUAUCAUUUUUGAUGUAACUCUAGGAGUACCAAGAGUCUGAAGGUUUGUGAAAUUGUAAACUGGUCUGUGAACAUGUCCUCUUGGUGGCUUUUCAAAACAUGUGAUCUCCAGCACUUCCUUCCUUAUUGUCACAGUACUUGCUCCUGCUGCAUGUCAUCAUUGUUCAUGAUGCCUAGCUGUACAUCGCCAUCCGGUGCCCUGUUAUGACACUGGUAAUGUAAGGUGAUGCCCAGAAGAUGCCAUGGAAGCCUAGAAAAUGUCCCAUUACUCACACCUUCUCGCUCAGCAGAGAUGAUGUCAUUGUGUAUGGAUUUACCCAUCACUUUAUGAACUUCCUUCACGCAUUAAUAUGCUCGCUUGUGGUUUAGCCUGAGAGGGAGUUUAUUAUAAUUUAGUUGUUCUUGGUAUUUUGAUCCUUGGCUUGUAUUGACUAUUCUACUAUCAGUACUGUUAUUAGUUUUGUCAUUCUUCUGGUACCCCUGACUUCAGAUUGACUUUGCUCCGCUUGCAAGCUGGUGUGCAGCUUAUCUUUGACCUUUGCGGUGGGCCCCGCCACCUCUAAAGAACUGUAAUAGUUUUUCAUUAUACUGUCUCAGGUUCUGCUGGCUGGGUAUACAUAUUUAGAGAUGUCGCGAACCGUCCGCGAACUUCUCGCGAACGGUUCUAACUCCGGUCAGCUGACACAUCCCGGCCAAUCUCCAGCAGACCCUCCCUCCCAGACCCUCCUACUUCCUGGACAGCACCCAGAGUCCACUCAAAUACGUCGGCUGCAAUAUAUUGGCAGUGCAACCCAUGGUCGAUAAAUGUCAUAAUAUGUAUAGAGAUGUCGCGAACCGUCCGCAAACUUUAAGUGAACGGUUCGCCGCGAGCUGUUCGCGGCGAACUCCGGUCAAAUCAUUCCAGAAUAGUUUGAUAUAAAUCGGGGGUUUGCGCACAUUGAUUCAUAGCAAAAUUAUUCAGGUUUCCCAUUAUUGGCUCUAUUCUGUCAUCCUGUGCUUCGAGUGUCCCUUUUAAUCUAGAACCACCAUAACCACUUAUAAUUGUUGUCUUGCACUAUGGCGCAAGGAGCUUACCGUUCUAGUCUCCUUUCAUAUUAUUUAUUAGUAUUGCCCAAUGUGUAGUUCUUUCUGAUACAGUGUUUGCAUGCUAUACAAUUGCUAGGUGACUUGUUUAGGUUCUCUCAUAUCUUUUGAGAGUGUGGAUGCGUUUAAACAUGUGCUGAUGCUGCCCUUUUACUACAGUCCUCCUGACACCAUCUGAAUAAUAGAUCGGUCUGUAUCUGACACAUUGUUUAAUCAGUUCACGUUGUGUCGAUUGGGGAGAUGCUCUCAUCCCAUCACGGACCGCUACCCCAGUAUGGCGUGAAAUGGAUCAUAGCUCCUCCUCCACCCUGCAACGUUUAGGUCUCUUUCCUCAAACCAGCUAUCGGAAACAGAACCCCUUCAUUACCUCCUGCAGCUCUGAUACUGACUGAAGUAUUUAAUUCUGCCUUUCUUACCAUAUUAUUAUUAUUAUUUUGCUAUAACAAUGUUACCACUCGCACCUGUCGUUUAUCACAGCCAUUAUCUGUAUAUGCUGAAUUUCGUUAUUUUCUGUGAAUGUAUUUCACCAAUAUUCCAUGUACAUAUAUUCUGAUGUAUACAAAAUAAUUUGUUGUAUACCGUUGAAAUAUUUGUCAACCAAAUUUUCCUUGACCAUCACCUCCAAAUUCCCCCUGCUACCUUGUGUCCCAACUUCCCAUUUUAACCUCUCAACAGGGUUCUACAAACUCUGGCCCUCCAAAGGUUGCUGAACUACAACUCCGACAAUUCUCAGGUUAUUUCAUUCACAGAAUCCUAGGAGUUGCAGUUCAGCAACAUCUGGAGGUCAAGAGCAACCCUGCUAUAGAUUGUAAGCUUAGUACUAUGUAUAAAAAAAAUAAAUAAAUAAAAAAGUUUCAGUAACUUGAUCUUUCAGUUUUUUUAUUGGUCUGUUUAUUACGAAUAUGCUGGUGCUUUAUAAAUGCAAAUCAUUUUAUUAUUAGUGGCCAGGCAGCAAGCUUCGAGGAUCUGACCACCCCUGCUAAAUGGUGAGCCAGCUAGUUAGUGGUUAUGCAGGACCUGGUACCCAUGGACUCCAGGCACCAUAACCACUGUAAUCAGCUAAAGUGGUUAUGGUGCCUACUGUGUCCUUGGGAGGGAAAAAAAGAGCAGACCAGAUUAGUGCUGUGCAAAAUUACUAAUACCAUACAUUAGAACUUACGUGUUAUUCUGGAAUAGUUGUAUCUUAGAAUAUAUUUAUAACUUGAAUCCCUACACCAUUUUUCUGUUCUUAGCCGAAAAAAAUGUAGGUUUGUGAGAAGGUUGAUUAAUAUAUUUCACCUUUCAUUUGUGAAGGUAGUCAGCUGUUACUAUUUUACACAAGCUUUUUUUUUUUUUAAACAAUGGGUGUGAGAACAAGUUCCAUUUUUCCUAAUCACUACAUAUUUAAUGUACUGUAGGUGUUUAGGACCCAUUAAGAAUGACUUUAUUGAUCCUGCCAUUUUUUUAAGCUUGCUGAUCUACUUUAAUUAUAUUAAUCAGACUUGCAUUAGAUACCUCGUUCCCAGGAGAUCCCGAGUUUAGACUUAAGGUAAAAAUGUGGCAGAGCAUAAAAAGCAAGAUAUAAAAUACCGUCCCAAUUUCAUGCAGCAUAAUAUGCUGUUAAUUAAUGAAUAGCAUGUAAAAAAUAAAAUAAUUUUUUUUUUUUAAAGUGUUAAUUACAUUUUUCACCAGUACUUAAGGGCAGUUAAAUAAGGUGUUUAAUUUGCCUAUGGUUAUUAUUCAUAGUGAAGUACCCAUUAUUUGACUUACGGACACCAGAAUUGUAGAUCAUAGCAGUAUACCAUUAUAUAGGAAAAAGGAACAUAAAUUAAGAAUCUGGCUUAAAUCCAUCUUAAACAAAGGAAUUUCUAAUCAUUAUGCAGGUAAAAUAAAGUCCAGAAUGUGGAACAGUUAUGUGAAUGAAUAAGAAGAAAGUGUUUUAUUUAUGUCCAUUAAACAAUUUAUAUUACCUGUUGAGGUUUCUCUCUAACAUUUUGAAAACCGCCUUGGCCCCCACAUUCCCCCCUCCCCAUUCAUAAAUUGGCUUAAUUCAAGCAGUAAACCAGACGGUGUAUAGCUUGUGGCCUUUAUGCAGUGUGGUUUUAUUUUAUGUUUUCUCUGCUAGGUCUGCAACUUUAAUAAAUAUUCCAUUGGCAAAAAAAUUAUCCAAUGUCCCCACGAUCAGCUCCUUCCACUUGUAUUACCCUGAGGUUAUAGGCUGAGAAUGUAAAAUAAGAGGUGCAUCAUCUUACAAGGAGACUUGUGCAGCAAGGGGUAGAAGCACACAUGGGUUUCUAACUGGGUUUACAAAUGUCAAUAUUUUUAAUAAUAGUGGUUGUGCCAAUGCCGUCGUGAACUGCUUUAAAUAGAGUGGGGCACCGGCAAUUCAAAGUUCUGUAGACAUUGUAGAAAUCUGCCCACACGCCCUAACCCAACUCAGGCAGCAUGUAGGAAGUACUUCAAGUGCUGGCUGCAACACCCUGCAUAGCUCUUAUACAGUCUAACAAAAUUAGAGGGAAGAGAGAUCACGAGUAAGUUCCUCUCUCCUCCUCAUACCUGUAGAUGUGCAGGGAGUCCCCACAUGCUAUCAGCAGCCAGGAGAACCGGUAGCUCCUGAUUGGGAGCUUCCAUUAUCACUCCUGAGCUAAACUCUGCAAUGCAGGACCAGCUCAUUGACUGCAAGUAUCAGAUCAUCACUCUCUGCCAAUCAGGUAAACCCUGCAAUGCUGGCUUGGCUCAGAUAGAGAAUGUUUGGCAUUCUUGUGGGCAGUAGUAGUGGCCUUGGACCAGUAACGGGGGACCAUUAAGGCUCUUGGGAGACAUGGUGUAUUGUUGUAAAGUUUUUAUAGCCAAUGCCAACUGAUAUUUUUUGAGAUUAGUAUAACCUUGGGAGUUUGGAUGUGACAAUGUCACAUCCUGGCUCGUUUGGGAUUGAUGUCUGAUGGCCAUAAACUACUUCCUAGGAUAUAUAAAAACAGAAAAAGUGGGGGGAUGGGUCUGCGCCAAUGUGCACAAUAAAUAGUAUUAUUAAGUCCAGUAGAAUCUAUUCUGUCGCAUCCAAGGGUCUACUUCAGUAAUAUCCAAGAGAUGUUUGAUGGUGUGAAGAAUAAUCCAAAUAUGUAAAAAAUAGAAGAUCUUACUUACAAUUGGCAGAGCUUAACCCAGCUCUGGUGUGAAUGGCUUACAGCGGUAUUAUCCCCGCUUUCAGGAUAUGCGGCAAGUGUCCUCUUCUUUGUGGUGGCAGGUAACCAAGUUGAAAAAUAAAAGUAGAGACAAUAAUGGUGCAGUAUAUUCCACACGUAUGGUAAAAAUUAUAAAAUAUAGUAGAUACACUCACAUUCGGUAGAGCUUUAACUAGCUCUAGUUGAUUUGGCGUACAGCGGUAUUAUCCCCGCUUAUGGGAUAUAAGGUGAGUGAUCUUGACUUGGACCUCAGGAGCUCGGAUAAAGCCUCAUAUUGGCGAAACGUGUUUGGAUAUUUAUUACUGUUUUAUAUACUGUCAAUAAUAAAGAUUUUGGUUAUUUUUAUGUUAAAACCAUCAUCUUUUGUUUUUUAUUACCUGGCCUUUUAUAUAGCAUUUUUCCUUUCUUUUAACUAAUACGUUUUAUCCAUUUUAUUAUUUUUUUAAUUUUUUAUUUUCUGGAUACUUUACUCCAAAGAAUCCUAGGUGGGGAUUAUACCACCCACGCUGUUACAUAGAGCAGUUAGCCUGCCCUAUAUAUUGUGAGUAUAUUUUAUUAUUUUAUUCAUUCACCUAAAUUUUAUUGAGAGCACUAUCGCUGUUUUAUCUUCUCUCCGAGCUCCUGAGGUCCAAGUCAAGAUCACUCAUCCUUAUAUCCCAUAAGCGGGGAUAAUACCGCUGUACGCCAAAUCAACUAGAGCUAGUCUAAGCUCUACCGAAUGUGAGUGUAUCUACUAUAUUUUAUAAUUUUUUCCAUACGUGUGGAACAUACUGCACCAUUAUUGUCUCUACUUUUAUUUUCAAACUUGGUUACCUGCCACUACAAAGAAGAGGACACUUGCCGCAUAUCCUACAAGCGGGGAUAAUACCGCUGUAAGCCAUUCACACCAGAGCUGGGUUAAGCUCUGCCAAUUGUAAGUAAGAUCUCUUCUAUUUUUACAUAUUUGGAUUAUUCUUCACACCAUCAACACCUCUUGGAUAUCGCUGAAGUAGACCCUUGGAUGCGACAGAAUAGAUCCCACUGGACUUAAUAAUACUAUUUAUUGUGCACAUUGGCGCAGACCCAUCCCCCCACUUUUUCUGUUUUUACUAUCUGAUUCCCAGGGACAUUAGAGGGAUUCCCUGUUUGGGACUGCUGCCUUCCUGACUAGCGCUGACUCUACCCCUUGUUCUGUUUUCCUAGGAUAUAUAUUGAGACACGGGCAAAGUGGGUUAUGCUAUUUUCCUUUGAGAAAGGCACUUGUGUGUGCCAAAAACGUUGGUUUUUGUAACCUAGAUCUGGCUCUGGUUUUCAGCCUGUUUUACUACUGUCUUUUUGUGAUAAUUGUGUUUUUAAUUUCAUUGAGGCGAUAAAGUUUUUGCGAAGUGAAUAUUGCACUGCUGUUCAUCCUAUUGUAAUGGAUGUGGAUUGUGUUUUUUUUUGUUUCUUUUUUUGUGGGUGGAGUAUCUCUUCAGGAUUGGGAACUUAAUUUUACAUGGUGUUUUAACUUGGUACUCUUCUUCUGCAGAAGCCAUGUGCCAAUCCCCUUGGAUCAGCUGAUCACUCUCAGCCAAUGUAUGACAUUCUUUCCCCGAAAAGAAGGCCUUAUAUUAAUUUGUCCCCCGAAAAACUCACUAUGGCCUUUUUUGGGGGGAUGUCUUAUCUGUGGGAAAACGGUAACAAGCAUGUGCUAGAAAGCAGGUCAAUGUUCAGAGGAAUUCCCCCGAACACAGACCAGUUCACUGGGGCAUGUGAAAAAACAAAAAAAUCAAGACGUAUAUGACCCUGUAACUUUCAAAAACACUAAAACCUGUACAUGGGGGGUACUGUCUUACUUGGUAGACUUUGCUGAACACAAAUAUUAGGGUUUCAAAACAGUUAAAAAUAUCACAGCGAUGAUAUCGUCAGUGAAAGUGACUUUAUUGCAUUUUUUUCACACACAAACUGCACUUUCACUGAUAUUAUUGUUGUGAUACAUUUUACUGUUUAGAAACACUAAUAUUUGUGUUCAGUAAAGUCUCCUGAGUAUAACAGUACCCCCCAUGUACAGGUUUUAGUGUUUUUGAAAGUUACAGGGUCAUAUACGGCUUGAUUUUCAGUUUUUUCACAUUGUAAAUUGCCAGGUUGGUUAUGUUGCCUUUGAGAGCGUAUGGUAGUCCAGGAAUGAGAAUUACCCCCAUGAUGGCAUACCAUUUGCUAAAUAAGACAACCCAAGGUAUUGCAAAUGGGGUAUGUUCAGUCUUUUUUUAGUAGCCACUUAGUCACAAACACUGGCCAAAGUUAGCGUUCAUAUUUUAUAUUUAGAUUUAUUUGGUAGGUGCAUGUCGACAAAUCAUGAGGUACAUUGACAUAUAUAAAAGAGGCAACAUUUCUGUAUACAGGCUAGGAGUUUAUACACAAGUUGUCUCGAUGAACUGCACCCAUUUUGUACUUUUUAAACAGGUUGUGUUACAAGAUCUGGUAUCAGUGUCAGCGCACACGGCUAGGCCCCCCAAGAUAAAUUUAGACUAUGGUGCGAUAUUUUAUCCUGUGAGGUUGAGUCUUGUGUUUAAAGGACCACUCUAAGCACCCAGACCACUUCAGCUUAAUGAAGUGGUCUGGGUGCCAGGUCUAGCUAGGGUUAACCCAUUUUUUCAUAAACAUAGCAGUUUCAGAGAAACUGCUAUGUUUAUAAAUGGGUUAAUCCUUCCCCCAAAGCCUCUAGUGGCUGUCUCAAUGACAGGCGCUUGCGUGCUUCUCACUGUGAUUUUCACAGUGAGAGCACGCAAGCGUCCAUAGGAAAGCAUUAUGAAUGCUUUCCUAUGUGACCGGCUGAAUGCGCGCGCAGCUCUUGCCGCGCGUGCGCAUUCAUCCGACAGGGAGGAGAGCUCCCUGCCCAGCGCUGGAAAAAGGUAAGUUUUAACCCCUUUCCAGAGCCGGGCGGGAGGGGGACCCUGAGGGUGGGGGCACCCUCAGGGCACUAUAGUGGUCCUUUAAGCAGCCGCAACAUUUGAAAAUGAAGUGAAAUAAAAGUAGAAAACGAAAGGUAAUAUCGAGAGACAUACAUGUUGAGACAUUAGUGCUGCAUUUGCCAGACAACCUAAGGGGCUUACGUAGCCCUAGUGGGUAUGGGGUUGUAAAGGCCUCAGUUGGUCGCGUAACAGGAUUAAGUAGGGCAUUAAGAAUAGGCAAUUACGUGCGCCCCUGAAACGUGCAGCUGCCAUGGGCUGGUUCCCUAUGAAAACUUAAAUAGAAACCAAAUUAACUGGGAUUUAUAACACAAGUCGUUGUAUAUUAACGUGUCAUAUCCCUCUUCUACAAGUCAGCCGUUUUAUAGGGACUUACAGUGUGAGCGGCGUGCUCAGAACGGGUCUUGGCUGAUUCGAGGGCUGUUUUUUGUAUUUUUAACACACAAACAAAUAUAAAUGCUAACUCUGGCCAGUGUUUGUGACUAAGUGUUACAAUGUCACUACUGAUAAAUUUUAAAAAUAUAUAUUUUGAAACAGUCCUACUUGUACUUAUAGUCCUAUAACUUGCAAUGUUAACAGUGGAUAUUUCUAAACUCAGGGCAAAAUGUAUAAACUAUUUAGCACUGGUGUUUUUUGGUGGUUGUAGAUGCGCAACAGAUUUCGGGGGUCAAAGUUUUAAAAUUUUUCAUCAUAUUUUAUAUUUUUUUUUAUUGUAAAUUAUAUGAUUAAAAUAGUGGUAUCUUUAGAAAGACCAUUUAAUGGCGAGAAAAACUGUAUAUAAUGUGUGUGGGUACAGUAAAUGAGUAAGAGGAAAAUUACAGUUAAACACAAACACCGCAGAAAUGUAAAAACAGCCCUGGUCCCUGGUAAGAAAAUUGAAAAACUUCCUUGUCACUAAGGGGUUAAUAGAUGUACCCUAAUAAAAACAAUAAGUUGAGGUUGAGUACAUGCAAAUAGUUGCACAAGCUGCAGAUCUUUACUUUCGGGGCCGUCCAAUCACAGACUUCCCAAUGCAGCUCAAUGAGAAGUCUUUACAAUGCAGGUGCUCUGAGCAAUUUGAGUUUAGCUUCACGGAGCUAAUCAAACCAGGAAGUAACAGGACUGUUUUUUUCUGGACAGCUGGGGGGAUGGGGGAGGGGGGGUGUAACAGGGUUAAUUUAUAGAAGUGCCAAUUUCUAUUGAAAUCUGCACUUAUUGUAAAAUAAUAAAAAUAUUUAAAAACACUCUUGAAACAAAUCUGUUGCUUGCUGAAGUGCUUUAUGUUAGUGUUCGUUUAAGAUACAGUGGUUUUUGGUGCUGAGUAAGCCAAACCAUACUGACCCAAAAGUACUUGCUAUUUUAGGAUUUCCACGAUUCAAAGACUCCCGUUUAUCUCCGUUGUGGACAUGAUAUGAACAAAACCGUUAUUAUUACGCUACCAGUGUACAUUACACGUUCACUUUAAGCUGCCUUACGCAUGGAGUGGUGGGAUCACUUUGUAAAUCAAAACCAGUGUUUGAGUGGGGAAUUGGAAUUUUGGAGUACGAUAAUACAUCGUAUGAUGUGUCCUGCUGCUUUAAUUGGUGCUCCAACGAUCCCACUUUGUCUUUAGAUUAGAUUUCUAUUCAGUGGGUACAGAUGGUGCAAGUAGUGUGAAAUGUUAAUUUCAACCCUGCCAAUAGAAAUUUACUGUUAAAAGAUAUGUUUGAAGGAAUAAAAUUAGGCACAAUAUAAUUUGUGGUUACAAAGUACUUCAGGCAUGUCAAAGCAUUAACUAAAAUAAGGAAACCAUUGUUCUUAAAUAUGGUUCACUAUAACAUGCGCAAGUCUCAUUGUUUAAGUGCAAAGUUGACUUUUCUGCUACUCUCGAAAUGUGUAUAAACCCUUCUGUUUUAAAUUGUCUGAUUCCUUUUAGAAUGUGAAAUAAGCAGAUCCUGGGCUGUAGACACGCAAAUUCACUUAGAAGAUAUGUCUUGGAAUGAAGGUAUGUAUGUAAGCUGUGCUACCAGCAUUAGAUUGUCUGUCUAUAGUUUCAUUAGGUAUUCAUUGCAAUAAGAGUGGAAGAUGUGUGAAUAACACACAUUCCCUCCUGCUUUGGCGUUCUUUCGUAAGCAUAUUUUCUGAAGACUCCAGACCUUUUUUUUUUAACUUUUUUUGUUUUCUCUUAAAAGUGUUUGUUCAUUAAAAACUUUAAAAAUAGCCUAAAAUAGAACAGGUACCAAAGUACCCACUGUGCAUAUUAAUUAGUUUGAGAUGUACAGCCACGGUUAUUUAGUAAAGUUUCUAAGUGUUUGUUUAUUAUAGGGAAAUCAAGACUAAUUCAGAGUUUGAAACUUAAUUGAAUUUCCUGGUAAUUUACACACAUCAACUAGCAUGCAAAACAUUGGACUUUUAACCAGUUUUUGUAGUCCUUUUUAAUGGCUAAGGGGCAGUUUAAAUGUCCACCGAGGUACGUUGUAGGUCUUUGUGUCUAGAGCAGUCUCCGCUAUACCUCUAGGACAAAUGACAAACAAUUGUUUGUUGCUGUACUGUCCUUGUGGGUGGGAACACCCUGGCUUACAAAUUUGACAGGUUACCAAUCACAUAAAUGAUGUGUUUAAGGCUUGAUGUGGGAACUAUCCCGUUCUCUGUUGAUUCCUUGGAGUUGUCCUGCAUAUUCUCUUUUGAGUUACUUUUGCAUCUUAGAAUUCAGGGUGGGUAUGUGUAUUGAUGGCAUAUUACUUUUUUUUUUUUUAGAUGAAGACCUUUAUUCAUUCCCAUGCCGCUGCGGAGGACGAUAUGUACUUCCGCAAAACGAUAUUGAACAAACCUUAUUGGUAAACUGCGAUUCAUGUUCACUGAUUAUAGAAAUCCUUCUGGAGAAUGGUUGAGAAUAAACAAAUAAACUAACUUAUUACUGGAUUCCACAACAUUAAAAGCUUUUUAUUUUUACUGUUUUUCUCCUUUCUACAGCAAAGACAGCUCAGCCUGGAAGAAUGGUACUAAGAAUGGUACAAUUAGAGCUUUGGGUUAAUUCUAGAAGUAGUUGAUGGAGGGAGGUGGGAUAACAUUCUGGACAAGAGGAGUGUAAAUGUAUUUUUAUUAAAGGCCAAGAUAUGCUAAAGAAAUUUUCAUACCAUCACUGCUUUAAGAGUACAAAGAAAAGAAAAUACUUUUCAUAAGAAAAAAAAGAAUUUAUUGUAAACCUAAGAUUUUAUAAAUACGUAUAAGACAUUAAAAUAUUAUUAGAAAAUAGUGUCAAUCAUCUUGCAAUAUGCGGCCAGUCGGACUAUCCUGCAACACACCGAAAGAGCUGAAAGGCCAAAUCUGCAAUAGGGGGAGAAAAAAAACAAAACCAGGAUAACGUCUCAAGUCAUUACAAUUAUCAAAUACAA